UUACUCCAUAUUCUUUUUCAAUGGUAAUGUUACAAUGAUAUACAUAGUACGUAAUCAACAAGUACAAUGAAUCAAACACAAAACGUACAAUUAAUCAUACACGCAAUCAUACAUACAUUACUCAAAGACAAUUAAUCACAAUAAAUACACUGUAAACAAUUUUAACCACUAGAUUUUCACGAUUACCAUAAUACCCACAAGAGAAUAAUCAAGUUCCCAAAAUAAUUCGGAUGUAGUAUUCCAUUUCCCAAAAACCUAGCUUGAAAACGAUAGAACAGAGUUGUUUGCUCAUUCUCCCGCCCUACUCUAUAAUACAUAGUCAUACUCCGUAAUACAGAGUACAGACCACAACGCAACAACUUGGCGCACAUUCAAUGGCAACGGACAACGAGGAGAGAGAAACUAUCGGCAAUCGCCGCCGCCGCCUUGCCGCACCACCCGCCGGAUGGUCGGAACUCCCGCACGAAUUCCUCGCCGCAAUCGCCGCUCGCCUCGCAAGUCCUCACAAUGUUUCUCGAUUUCGAUCAGUUUGUCGAAAAUGGCGGUCUUUAAUUCCUCCCCAAAACCCUAAUUUCAUAUCCCCAAAUUUCCCUCGUAGAAUUACUGCUGAAGCUAAACUCCCUUUCAAUGAGAGGCAUAAGUAUGAUUCGUUGUUUCUUGUUUCAUCCUCUGUUUUUGUUGUUCAAUCAGUUGAUUCGCCUUCUGAUUUUUGGGUUUUAACUGUUGAGAAAUCGAAUUCGGAUAAUUUUCGUGUUUUGUGUCCUUUUUCUAGGGAUUUUGCUGCGAAUUUGUCCAAGGAUUUUCCCAAAUCCCUUGAUUUGUGUGAUUUUAAUGUGACUGAAAUUGCUAAAGGUUAUAAUUUUAGGGUUGUGAUCGAGGAUCAAAAGAAGUAUAAUUUGGGACUUUCGUAUUCGCUUAUACCUCGUCGAUCACUCAUAUGCUCUGCUUAUAAGGUGAUUAUGUAUCCGAAUCCGAAGUCGGGUUUUAAAACUGUGGAUGAUUUUACUGUUGUGGUGUUGUAUGAAGGAGGGAAUUUAGCUGCUUUGAAAUCGAAUGGUAGGAAAUUGUGGUAUUUGUGUUACACUGGGGAUGCUCAUUUUGAUGACAUUGUUCUGUUUAAAGGGAUGGUUUGUGCUGUGGAUCGUUCGGGGCGAGUUUAUGCUAUUAAUGAAAAGGCUAGGGUGGUGAAGACAAUUGUAAAUAUUGCGAUUCGUAGGGGAGAUGGUGUUACUUAUGAUUAUUAUAUGCGAAAACGUUUGGUGGAAUCGUGUGGGGAUCUUUAUCUUGUUGUUUGGGCAGGUGUUUGUGCUCAAGGGAAUGCUUGGUUCAAGGUUUUCAAGUUGAAUGAAGCUCUUUGUAGGUGGUUCGAGGUUAAGCAUUUGGGUGAUCGCGCCUUGUUUGUAGGCUUUGAUUGCUGCUUCUUUGUUUCUGCUAGGGAGUUUCGAGGAUGUCAACCUAAUCGCGUUGUCUCUCAAAGAAAUUGUUUUCUUCGUUUUGGUGGAGAUCAUAUCUCCGAUGAUUUUCUAUUUGAAAAAGUAAGCAAGGGAGUAGAGAAGGUCCAACACCUCAAGGAUAGUGAGAUUAUGGGGCUUAAGCCCAUGCAUGCUGGCUUUUUGCAAUCAUUAUGGCAUUUUUCGACAUGGAAUCCCGACGAAGAGCAAAAGUUAAAACCAGAUCUUUGCAGCAAGGAUGCACAAGUAGAAGAUAUGAAGCAAACAGUAGUGGUCAAUACUUGCUUAAUCAGUGAUACUAAGAAGGCUGAAGGAGGUUCUGGAGUUGUGCAAUCUUCUCCAACUAAUAGAGCAGCAUUUCAUGGAAAAGAGGUGAGGUCUGAGUUGGUGCCUGUAUUAGAAAAGGUUUGGGCCAAAUAUGGGAACAUCAUUGAACAGAGUGCAAUUCGUAGUUCUGAUACAAUAAUCAUGGCUUUGGAGUCUGUUGCAAAGGUGAUAAACAUUCUCCAAAAUACCUCAGCAAAUAAAUUGACUGAUCAUCAAGUGAAUUAUCUGGUUUCAACCUUGUCAGACCUCCAACUUAUGCAAUUGAAAGUAGAUUGGUUAGUCCCCUUUGUUGAGAAGGCUGUUGCACUAAACAAGAGCAGGCAGUUGGCGGUUGCCUUAAUGGAGCUUGAGAAAGCCAAAGCUCAUGUCGAAGAAUUGAAACUGAAGCUCCUUGCUGAAUCAGAGAAGCCGGACAGUGGAUUAAAUCUUGCUGUUGUGGAGAGCAUAUCUGCAUCUGGUCCAAUUGAUUUGGACAAAUGCCUAGGGGAGGGAGUCUGUUGAUUUAGAGGGACUCCUGAUUAUCGUUGGUUGCUAGUUUUAAUCAACUCGAAUGACUCCUCUACUAGAGUAUGGGUAGGCGUUGUCCAAGUGUGGCCGAGGAGAUUGUAGCAUCUGAUUUUUGCUUAAGCAUUAUCAAUACUAUGAGCAUCUUUCUCAAUAAUAAGUAAUCCUUUUUCAUUAA